ACCAAGGGCUCAAGGCAGGGGUUUAGCAUUGCUUUCCCUUCCCCCGACCACUAGAAGAAGUUGAAGAAGAUGAGGGUGGUGGAGUUUUACUUCUACCUUCUCAUUUUCAUGCUACCUCUCCUUGGUCUUACUGAUGCAGGUCAAGAAGCUAUUCAGCUGGUGAACCUCCAGGAACUAAACCCGUUCAGCCUUCACUCCCCCCCUCACACCACUAGCCCACUUCCCAUUGCAGUCUCUGUCACUGAAGCAGAGCUUUCCAUAGUCUCUUCCAGUGUCUUAGCAGCAGAGAGCUGGCUAAAAACCCAUGUCCUUGCCCACCUUCCCUCCACUAGGAUCACCACCAUUGUAUUAGGAAAAGGAGUCCUGUGUGACAGAAACCACGAGCACCAAUGGGGCUUGGUUCUGCCCUCCGUUAAAAAUUUGUACUACUGUCUAGUGAGAAGGGGUCUAUUAGAAAAGAUCAAAGUUUCUGCUGCAUUUUCCUCUAAUUGCUUCCACUAUUCUCACUUCUCUAUAUCUGGAGGUGAUUUGAAACAGGACAUACUAAAGCCAUUGCUGGGCUUUCUCCAAGAUAACACCUUGGCUUACUCUAUUGACUCAUCUUCUGAAUUCUCACAUCAGCCUGAUAACGAUGAAUGGGUUUACUCCAUCCAUCGAGUUGCUUUAGAAGAGCUGGGCUUUUCCAGUAUUAGAGACUUGAGGUUGGUGAAACAAUCAUCAAAACAAGAGAGCAGAAAGUUGCCACCUCCAUUUAUACUUCCAAGUCCCAUAACUCCCCUCCCACCCAUCCCAUUUGCGCCGGUGCCCAAGUCCCACUUCUCCUUUGUGCCCAAUGGCGCCCCAUCAGAGAUCCCCACAAACCCACCUAAUGAGCCACAGGUUCCAUCGCCAAUGCCCAAUGCCUCUCCAUUGAGAGCUCCUGCGAGUACUCCCAUGCCUGUGUUCCCACCACCAUCGCCCCCUGCCCCUGCCCCCAAGCCCAUAGCAAGACCACCUUUUACGCAUAUGACACCGCAUUCACCAGCUGCCCCUCCAACUUACUCUCUGCCGCCUAUUGUAUUCCCACCAUCAAUGCCUUGCCCUGUUCCAGCACCAGAACCUGCUCCAGGGCCAGGGGAAGAGCAGAAGGGGGGCUUGUGGUGUGUCGCGAAGCCGACAGUUCCAGCAGAGAAGUUGCAAGGGGCAAUGGACUAUGCCUGUGGGGAAGGUGGGGCAGACUGUAAGGAGAUUAGGCCUAAUGGUAGAUGUUAUUAUCCUGAUACUGUGGUAGCCCACGCUUCCUAUGCUUUCAAUAGCUACUGGCAGAAGACGAAGCAUACCGGAGGCAGCUGCAGUUUUGAUGGGACUGCGGUACUUAUUACAUCAGACCCCAGCUUUCAGCAAUGCCGGUUCGUAUUCACUUGAGGUGAUGGUGAUAGGAGCCUUGAUGCUGUUGGGAUGCUCUUUUUUAUUUUUAUCUUUUUUUUUUUUGUCUGAUGAAAUCAAGCAGGUGGUUGUUUUAUGGAUGAGAAAAAUAUUUUGACAACGAGUUUUCAAACAGAAUUUUUAAGUUGUUCAGGAGCUUUUGGUGUUUAAGCCUAGAAUGUUUACGUAUA